CGAGUCGUGCACCAGCUCUGUUAACAUUUUAACUAAAAUUACGUUUUUUAAAACGCUUAAAACGACAAAUGUCAGCGCCACCGAACCCAGCGAGGGGUUUUCCAUCACGCCCGUCCUGCCUCUCUCUCUUCGUCUUUCUGCCUGAUUUCAUCUCGCACUUGUGUCAGCGUCGUUUCAUCACGGCUUGCAGGAAAUGAGUCGAAGUGUUUCGUCUCCAUAUCCUGACGGAAGAACUGUGUGAAAGCGUCUUGUCGUAUUAAUUCCCCAGCAGACUCUCUCUCUCUCUCCGCUGAUGACCUGACUGGUGCGGCGUCCAGUGCAGAUAGAGUAAACUGGAGAGAGGAAGAUGCCAGGCCCGCCUCCCCCACCGCCUCCCCCUCCUCCUACCUUCGCUGUGGCCAACACAGAGAAGCCAAAUCUCAGCCGUAAUGAGCAACACGGCAGGAACGCUCUUCUGGGCGACAUUUCUAAAGGAACUCGGUUAAAGAAAACUGUCACCAAUGAUCGCAGUGGACCCAUCCUGGACAAACCCAAAGGAGGAGGAGGAGGAGGAGGAGGAGGCGGAGGUGGCGGAGGAGGUGGUGGAGGUGGAGGAGGUUUUGGUGGUGGGUCUCCUUCAGGUUUAGGAGGCCUCUUUGCAGGAGGGAUGCCAAAACUGAGGUCUGCAACCAACAGAGAGUCCAACGACUCGGGACCCAGCCGAGGACCAGUGCUCCCCCCAGGAGGCCGCUCAUCCGGGCCCUCUCCCUUUGGUGGUGGUGGAGGCCCGCCUAAACUCCCAGGAGCUCCUGGUGGUGCACGUGGCAGCGUCCCCGAUCUCCCCAAGGGACGGCCGGGUCUCUCCUCCAGACAAGACACUCCAGGAGGACCUCCACCUCCUGUACCCAACACACCUCGGCCAAACCAGGGCUUCCAGUCUCGUGGGGGCCCACCGCCGCCGUCAUUUGGAGGACCGAGGCCCAGCCCAGCCUCAGCUGCACCUCCUAGUGUUCCUCCAGGGAGGCACGGACCUCUCCCUCCACCACCAGGAGGUUCAUCUGGUGGUGGGUCGAGACCAGGAUUCGUCGCACCUCCUCCUCCACCCUCAAACAACAGCCGACCUUCAUUUCCACCCGCUCCUGGAGGGAGGCCUCCUCUUCCCGACGACCGACCUCCGCCACCACCCGUGGGAGGUCAUCGUCCUUCUAUGCCCCGCGAUGUGCCUCCUCCUCCUCCCUCUGUCAACUCCAAACCUUCUCCCUCUGUUCCUUCCUCCCCUGCCUCUCGGCCCUCACCUGGCGGUGGCGGAGGCGCCCCCCCUCUCCCGCCAGGUCGACCGGGCCCUCCUCCCAUUCCACCCGUCCCAGCUGGAGGUGACGACCACAGCACCCCUCGUUUGCCCCAGAGGAACAGCUCGCUCAACAGCCACGGUCCAGCUCCACCACAUGGUCGAUCGGGACCUCUCCCUCCUCCACCAAACGAGAGGCCGCCGUCUCUUGGAAGGAACCAAUCGUCGCCACGCACAGGGCCUCUUCCUCCACCUCCUCCGUCAGGGCGUAGUAGCGUCGGUGGGGGCAGUGUGAGGUCAUCGCCGGCUCCUUCUCCUAUCGGACGACCAGGUCCAGAGCCACCUCGCGGUGGACCCGGCGGUAGACCUCCACUCCCUCCGGACAGACCGGGGGCGGGAGGGGCUCCUCCUCUUCCACCGAUGGGCAACGGCUUCCAAAACUCUCACCACAACCAGAUACAAGAUGAGUGGGAAUCUCGAUUCAACUUCCACCCGCUGUCCGACCUUCCUCCGCCCGAGCCCUACGUGCACUUCCAGAAGACUUACCCCAGCAAGAUCGGCAAGACUGACGGUGGCGGCAGAGGUUCUGGUAAAAAGGAGAGAGGAGCUCCUCCUCUUCCUCCUGUACCCAGGUGAAGAAGACGCAUCAGCAAAACACGACCCUGGGACUACUUUCUCUGUUUCCAUAUCUUCCCCUCGCUCUCUCUCUGUUGCGCUCUCUCAUUGUGCUUUUUACCCACCGUGUAUUGGUUCAUCCGUGGACCUGAAGUAUGGUUGACCAAGUAAACGGACUGCCUUUACGUCACGUGCCUCCGUAGCAGCAAAACCAAAGCCUGUUUAUACUCUGGUACACAAAAAACUUGCACCUCUUUAGGCACUUUUCAGGUUUUUACGACCGUGCUGUAGACUCAACUUGACUUGACUCACUCACACAGAACAGUAUUUUCUUCUUCUGUUAGCUAACGUCUUCAUUCUUUGCUUGUUCGAUGUAUUUUACUUUUAGAAAACUCUUGACAAGAGUUUUUCCCAGCAUGUUUACACAGCGUUAUGUAUAAAGCUGGAUCAACGUCUUACGGAUAAACUCCAUUCCGGGUACGGCUAGUCAUUGUUUCUAACCCCACCAGACGCGCCAGUGUCGGGCACAACGAGCCGCCCACGUUAAAGACGUAGCAUUUCUACAUAUUUAGAAGCACAUAAAGCGAGAAAGGAAUGACAAAUGAGCGAGUUAACAAAGUCUGGAGAGAGAAAACAGCGUCGCAGCCACGAUGUACCUGAUCGCGUCCGUUCUAGACGAUGAAGGCGCUGGGGCAAAGUGGCUCUUCGCAUCAAGCAGCUCAGUGCAGAUCAAGAUAAAACACACUGUGCAGACUCCUGAUUGUAAGAACGGCCAAAAGGAGCCUACUUAAAUGAGCAAAUCUGAGCAAGUUAACAAAGUCUGGUGCUGACCAAAACAGCAUCGCGGCAUGAAGCCUCAAUCACAUCGUGCAUGGCUGCCAGUGGAGCUGAUUGCGUCCGUUCUAGGCAAUUAUUGUGAUUCCACCAGAAGUGUUGUGGCGCCUUUCAUGAAAAAGCUUAGAGAAUCCGGUCAAUUUUUCCAAAUAAAUCAGCCAAAACUUACUUUCAGAAGCAAAUAAACCACAAAAAAUUACCAAAUCUGAGCAGGCUGACAAAGUCUGGCGCUUUUUGAAACGCUUCUGGUCAGGUUUGAAGUCACGGAUGGACGGCUCAGAACAUCGCCGCAGCAUGAAGACUGUAAAGAUUGUAAAACUUUUUACCUGGAAGUCACAACACACAGAAACGACAUAGAGAAUCUGGUCGAUUUUCAAAAUAAAACACCCUAAACAGCUAAAAGUAGUGUACUUACUCGCGACCGAAUGACCAAAUCUGAGCAAGUUAACAAAGUCUGGCGGGCCAAAUGCUUCUGAACGAACCAAAACCACAACAAGUGUUUCCCUUGUGCCUUUUUUUUCUAUUCAGGAUUGAAACUUUCAGGCUGUUUUUUAGGUGAGUUAAGGGAAUUUGAACCUUUUGUGCCUUUUUAAAUUAUGUAUUUUGUUUGUUCGGCUGGAUCACAUGUAGACGUAGAUGUAAGAGAAAAAGAAGAAGCAAUACAGCAGCUCGAUUUCUUAGCAAAGUGUCUUUAAUAAUAAUUAAAACAUCAUCAGGACAUGGAACCAAACCAAAAGCCACACGUGCCUUCACAGUUUGUAUAUUUGUGCGUUCCACUGAGCGGUACGAUUCAUUUGUUUAAUGUGACAUUUAAUGACGGAAACGUUUUGAAGGACUUUGUUCUGGUGUUUACGGCAGCGUUUGGUUUACAGUAGAAAUAAAGCUGCCUUUACUCUCCCUGAAGGACCUGUGUAUGUAUCUGUAAGAUUUAAUCCAAAUAUUAUUUUAAGUUAUGUGUCAGUAUUAUGUUCAUUUGCUUCACCCGGCACUGCUUCCAGCGUAUUUUUGUAUACGGGGUGUAUUUACAUUUUUCUUAGAGACAAUCAUACAGACACAUCAGCGAAUAAAUAAAAUGCUUUACGGGAUCCACGCGGGGUGAAAUGUGUUUUCAUUGAGACGAUCAUGUGAUCAAACAAGGACGGUGAACUGUAUGAAGUGAUUUGUUGUGUAUUAUCUGAUAAACAGUAUGCAUCAUUUACAUGUUUGUGCAAUAAAGCUGGACAAUACAUGAUACACAAGA